CAGUGGAGAAAACACACGAGGAGAGAAACUUCACCUCCGAACAUCUGGAAACUGUGGAGCUACUCAAAGUGACGGGACUCCAUUUUUAAACAAAGGCAAAAGUACUGUUAAACUCAGGAGGAGAAGCAGCCGUGAAAGUGAGAGGACCCUGAACUUCACUGCAGACACUACCUCACAGGGAAUGCUGUGUUUAGGAGAUUCCACUGACUGCCUCCGGGACCAGGUGCAGUACAUGAUGAGAUCCCUGCAGGACCUGAAGCAGAUAAACAGGCCAAGGCCCCUGAGUGAACCGUGUGUCCGGUCCUUAGCUGCAACGCGCCUCUGCAAGCAGAGGACCCGGCAGGAGCGACUCACAAAACUACGCGUCUCUGAUGCCAGUGAAGCCAGCACGUAUGACUCUGCCUGCUGCCUGGCCAGUCCACUGGAAGAGGAGGAUGAGCAGCUGGAGCAUGAACGACUGGCACAAGGCUCUCCCAGCAGUGAGAAGAGCAUAGACUUUGACUCUGGUUACUCUGAGGCUUCUUGGCAGGAUGAAGGAGUGGUGUUGAGGAGGACCAGAAAUGUUAGAGUCUCCUCUUCGGCCUGCCUCCGCACAAACAGAGGACCCUCUUGCCGCAUCCGUCCGAAAUCCACCUCGGAUGCUUGCUUGGAGCGCUGGACCUCGUUUGAGGCCAGUGACCAGAAGGACUGGACGACGUCGCUGCUGAGCCGCAGCAGAAACAGGCAGCCCCUCGUUCUUGGUGACAACAGCUUUGCUGACCUCAUACAGAACUGGAUGGACCUUCCAGAGUGUCCCGAGCCAACGCAAGUGAAACCCUGUGCCAGUCGGCGCCUUGCUAAAGACAUUUUAGACAACAUGCGCAAGAGACUAGCAGGGAUGUCUAAAGGUGUGGAGGUAAAGCCACGGCCUGCAGACUCCACCAGGGUGAGCCGAGCUGCAGAGGCUCCCAAACGGAUGUCCUGCCCUGUGGGACUCCAGGCUCUCAAACCUUUCUUUCACCAGUCUCAUACAGGACUGCAUCAACUGGACUCUGACUUCUACCAGUUCACCGCCCUCAUGAAGACGGGCAGCCGACAACCCAUCAUAUGCAAUGACAUCAUUGGAUACAUUUGAGCAACUGUGUCUACGGACUAAAAUUUACACAGAAAUUAAACUAAGGUGGUUCUAUUUUCUUAACUUGUGUUUUGUCCGUAAUGUUGAUAGAUGUGGAAUAAAAUGUUUUUGUGUGUAUUUAAUGAAA